UCACACCUCACAAGAAGGUUAAUCCCGACAUCACCGUCUCAAAUUCGCUUUUCAUCAUUCCUUUUUAUUUUCAGUGUUGGCUCUGCUGUCACUCCAUUUUCAGAUUCAAUUCUUCUUCUUCGGUGCAGCCAAAUGGAGAGCUCAAAGGAAAACCGCCUCCCGCUCAUACCCUCUUCAAAUUUUCAAGGCGGUUCAAGAAUGGAGAGUAAGAAGCCCAUUCAUCACCGGCUGCCUCUUGGCAACAUCAAUCUCAAUGUUAUGCCAAACAAAAACCCUUCUCAUGUCAACAAACCAGAUCUUUCCCGCAAGUGUACAGCACACCCAGUUCUGCAUCACCACCCUCUGCCCCAAGAAACUAAGAAACAGAACCUGUUGGCCCCGACACCGAGUUACCAGUUAGAUCAUGACAUCAUAGAUAUCGAUGAUGAUGAGGAUGCCGGUGACAAUGCAGUUCCAGUAUUUGUGAAGCAUACUGAAGCAAUGCUCGACGAAAUUGACAGGAUUGAGGAAGUUGAAAUGGAAGACGUGGAGGAACCUGUUAUGGACAUCGAUGCCUGUGAUAGGAAAGAUCCACUUGCUGUUGUUGAGUACAUAGAUGAUCUCUACCGUUUCUACAAGGAUACCGAGAAUUCUAGCUGCGUCUCUCCAAAUUAUAUGAUUAGUCAACUUGACAUUAAUGAGAGGAUGAGGGCCAUUCUUAUUGACUGGCUUAUUGAGGUUCACUACAAAUUUGAACUUUUGGAGGAGACAUUGUUCCUUACCGUCAAUCUCAUAGACAGGUUCUUGGAGCUUCAGGCAGUGAUCAGAAAGAAACUUCAGUUAGUUGGGGUAACAGCUAUGCUAAUAGCUUGUAAGUACGAGGAGGUCUCAGUCCCUACCGUUGAGGAUUUUAUUCUGAUAACAGACAAGGCGUAUACAAGAAAUGAAGUUUUAGAUAUGGAGAAAUUAAUGAUGAACAUCCUGCAAUUCAAGUUGUCUGUGCCAACUCCAUACGUGUUCAUGAGAAGAUAUCUCAAGGCAGCUCAUUCUGAUAAAAAGCUGGAGCUCUUGUCCUUCUUCUUGGUCGAGCUUUGCUUGGUGGAAUGCAAAAUGCUGAAGUUUUCACCAUCUUUGCUAGCUGCUGCAGCCAUAUACACAGCUCAAUGUAGUCUGUACCAGUUUAAGCAAUGGACUAAGACCAGCGAGUGGUAUACUGCUUACUCGGAAGAGCAGCUUCUAGAAUGCUCAAGGCUGAUGGUUACUUUCCAUCGAAAAGCUGGAUCAGGUAAACUCACUGGUGUAUAUAGAAAGUACAGUACAUGGAAGUAUGGCUGUGCCGCUAGAAUAGAACCAGCCCUGUUUCUACUGGAACAUUAAGGAAAUGCACAUGAACACACCAAUAGAAGUUGUGGCUUCAGUACUGUCUUUACACUAUAAGGACCCUUCAGAAAGUUGUAUAAAACUCCUAUUCCUAUUACGAGUGCUUGUCUUUCAGGAUAAUGGUGUAUAGAAACAGGCCUGUUUCUACUGGAUAAUUAAGGGAAUGCAAGUGAACUUUAGUUUCUAAUACAUUUAUUCGCAGACUGCUUUGGUUGUUUUCGGAGUUUGCUUGUACUAGAAGUUUGCCUAUCAACAGAAGUUGGCCUCACUAGUGUGUCUCUUUCUUUACACUCAAUAUAGUCUUUCGGUAUUGUACAA